AUGGAGACCGACGACAUCCUCACCAUUUUAUCAACGUCGUCCAGGACACCUUCAUCGGCGUCGACGACAGGCUUGCGCGACCAAGCUCACGCUCUCAUCCUCCACACCACCAACGAAGCAUUGUUACCUACAACUCUACACGACCUUCUCACCCAGAUCAUAAAACCACUCUUCACGACCACCAAGCACCCCAACCUGACGUCGACCGGACGUAAGAACCUCGUCCCCAAUCCACCAUCAUUUGGCCCCAGCUAUGCCUCGCUCAACGACGACGACGAGACUUCCAAGCCAUGGAAAUCGGCACCCUUCACCGUCCCCCUACUCAAGUACAUACUCAUUUCGUACACCUCGACUCCCUUGCCCAGCCGCAAAGCGACACUCGAAUCGCACUUCCACCUCCUCAUCCCUCCGAUUCUGAACAUGAUUGACGACACCGACCCUUCGUACAAAGCGUCCGGAUGCCACCUGCUCCACAUGCUCAGCGACAUCUUGGCCUCGGUGCAAAGCGACAUGCUCAAACGUACAGGUCUGGGCGACGUGUUCAUCGACGCACUCAAAGGCAACUUCACUCUCCUCCCGACACUCACGCCCGAGGACGAGAGUCUCUCGGUCUUGAGCCAACUGUAUCCGGCCUACACUGCUCUCGUGGACGCAAUGUUCUGCUACUCUCCCUCCCCGGAAAAACUCACCGCCAUGGACCACAGGGCCCGAAACGACCUCCUCACGGCACUCUACCGACACGGCAUCAUGUCGUCGCUCGAACACCUCUCGUCUGCGGCGUCAUUGUCAUCAACGAUAUCCGUCAGCCUGACCGUCUUCCUCCUGCGCCAGAUUCCACCGGUAUUCGAGCGCACGGGGAUAUCGAGUGUACUGCAUCUGAAAGGUCUCCUACCUAUGCUUCGCGCGGGACUGAUGGAUCCGUUCAUCCUGGUCGCACCAGAGCUGGUGUCGGCCGUGCUGGACGUGGUUGAAUGUGUUAUUUCGGUCUGCACGCCGCGAGUAAGGGAGAAAUGGUACCCCGAGAUCUUGAGAGGUUUGGUGGGAUGUUGGUGUAAUUGUCUCGAUGAGAGCGAGGGCGACAGCGGCACUAGCGCUACCAGCAAGCAUUUACCUGAGACCAUGGCACGAUUGACAAACAUAGUCAAAGAUCUAGCCGAGAUUGUUGACAAGAACGAAUGGAAAGCCGUCACACGGCGCCUGGUGGAUGAGGAACAAGACCUGAAAGAGCUAUUCAGCUGA